AUGCAGGGGGGCACGAGUUCAAGUCAACAACAAGAAAUGGAAGUGAAGCAGGUAAUAUUUGACAUGGCCACUGACGACAGCAAUUAAGACAGAGACUAGUUUUUCUUCUGCAUGGACAAAUUUUCAGGUCAUCAGCUAAGAAAGGUUUCCACCUUACUGUUUUUCAGUUUCAAAAUUUUCUGCAAUACUACAACAAGUUAACAGAGUUAUGCUUCACAGACUGUAUCCAUGACUUUACAAACAGGAAAAUUUCCGCUAACGAGGUGAGCAUGUUGGAAUAGAAAAGGCUCAAAGCAAAAAACUGUCUUAACUUUUGAUGAUAAUUACAGAGCAAAUGGGGAUGAGCUGAGCCACUGAGAGGGAAGAUUUUACUUUCAAAAUUAUUAACAAGAUUAUUCGUUUUUUGUUAUAUGGAAAUUACCGGUAGGUUAGAAAAUGGAGUUUAAAGUUUGGAGAAAUAUGUGAGAGCAAGUUAUGCAGGGAACAAUGAAUAGGCAACAAAAGUUGUUGUCAAAUGAAGAAUGAUCCUCGCUUUUGUGAACGCAAUUUAUGCAAUUGCAUAAGAAGUCUGAAAUAAAUUCAGGACUUCAACAGGGUUUGAAGUCCCAAACCCCAUUGAAGUCCUGAAUUUUUUUCAGGCUUCUUAUGCAAUUGCAGAAAUUGCAUUCACAACCAGGGGUUUCAUUCCAGGCCGGACGCUGGACGCAACGUCUGGUUGUUUAACAUGUGACAUCUGGUAGUUCACACACGAAAUAAUUGUUUUUGUAAGUUUGAAAAUAGUUUUUUCCAUUUUUCCAGCGGCGCGAACGGUGCAUGUCGGCUAGCUGAACCACUUCAUCUGGUACUUCCAAAUGCUACCAAAAAACCCUGCACAACUGCGGGGAUCAUUCUUCAUUCGGUUUCAUUUCCACAGUUCUUCAUGUGAUCUAUUUCAUGUACAACUAUCACAAAAAUGUUGUAUUUAGGUUACUGUACAAUUCUUCUCCCCCAGAACAACUGCAGCAUGCAUUGUACUGAGAAGUUCUUGAAAGUCAUGCAGAGAGUUGGAGUUCGAAUACAGGAAGUACAAAUGAUGCAGAAUGAAGGAAUUUUUGGUGCUCCAGAUCCACCAAAAUAAAAUUAAUGAAACUACAACUGUGGUGUAAUUCAAGCAUGAGUUAUAAUUUAGAGGAAUGACACCAAGAUGGAACUACUGAAGAGUAGUCCAAUUUCAAAGAAUUAAAAUUCAUCUUCAAGUAAAUAUAGUUUAAAAGUAAAACCACGUUUAUGUUCAAAGGAAUAAAUUCCUUAUACUUUGCGGUUAAUGACCCUUAAACAGCAAAUAUCUGUUGUUUUAAACUGAAUAUUAAGAUAAUUAAAUUGGCUUUUUUAAAAAAAUCAGGUUUGACAACAAACAAAACUUCCUGUGGAAACAGAAGCCUAAUAAAGGGAUUGAAAGUGAUCAAUUUUUGACAGUUUUCACAUUACUCAGAUUCUAUUUUGGGCCAUCCUUAGUGUAAGGAUCUGUAACACUCAUACGUGAUGUAAAACAAAGAAAACAAACAAGUGAUCAACAUAACAAAGCCUAGCAAAAUAAUAGAUAUUGAACAUCACAGGUUCCUACACCAAGGUAAACCCUCUUUUUUGAAGACAAAAUUAAUAGAAAGAGUGGUGUUUCCAGUAUUAGUCCCAGUGUUCUCUAUUCUUUUCUUAUGGCACUUGUGAGGAGAAUCUGUUUAAGAAAUGCAUAUCAUCAGCAAGGCUGUGCUCUAAGGAGAAUAUUGAAGGAACCCCGGUGCUGUGAACCUGUAAAAUCUUGGGUGCCCAGCAUAAUCUUAAACUAAGAUUUGCUAGUUGUCCAAGGACAAAAGUUAGGCAUCAGAAGCCACCGGGCUCUGUUAGAGCACAGCCCUGAUUAGUGACGUUACAUGACUGUAUACUGAUCAUGCCCCAUGAGGUUCCUUUAUCCUUGUGACCUUUAUAUAUGUUCAGGCUGCAGUGGUGUCAGAAGGGGAAAAUUUUCUGCAGCUGUUGGUCUCUAAUGGGGCAUCAAGGCAUCACAGAGAUGUGGGAGCUAGUUGUGAUGAACAGGAAAUUAUAUUGUAUGUCAAAACAAAAAUUAUUUAAACUUUU